UCAUGGAGCAGUUCAAUCCCAGCCUCAGGAAUUUCAUUUCUAUGGGGAAGACCUAUGAAAAAGCCUUAGCAAGUAUGACAUAUGCAGCAAAAGGAUACUUUGAUGCUCUGGUUAAGAUGGGAGAGUUGGCCAGUGAAAGCCAAGGAUCUAAAGAAUUGGGAGACGUGCUCUUCCAGAUGGCAGAAGUCCACAGGCAGAUCCAGAACCAGCUGGAGGAGAUGCUCAAGUCCUUCCACAAUGAGCUCCUGACGCAGCUGGAGCAGAAGGUGGAGCUGGACUCCCGGUACCUGAGUGCUGCGCUGAAAAAAUACCAGACGGAACAAAGGAGCAAGGGGGACUCGCUUGAUAAGUGCCAGGCAGAGCUGAAGAAACUUCGGAAGAAGAGCCAAGGCAGCAAAAACCCCCAGAAGUACUCUGACAAGGAGCUGCAGGGGAAGGACAUGCUGACACAGAAGCUGCCUCUGUGGCAGCAGUCCUGCUCAGAUCCUAACAAGAUCCCGGACCGCGCUAUACAGCUGAUGCAGCAGAUGGCUGCCAGCAGUAAUGGCACCAUUAUGCCCAGCCCUCUGUCUACAUCCAAAUCCAACCUCAUCAUCUCUGACCCCAUCCCUGGUGCCAAACCUCUCCCUGUCCCCCCGGAGCUGGCACCUUUUGUAGGACGCAUGUCGGCACAGGAGGCCAUGCCGGUGAUGAAUGGAGUCUCAGGCCCAGACAGUGAUGGGUACAACCACUGGUCUGAGAUGAAGCCAGCACAGCCCAAAUCUUUAUCUCCUCCCCAGCCUCAGAAGCAGCUGAGUGACUCUUACUCCAAUACACUCCCAGUUCGCAAAAACGUACCACCGAAAAACAGCUACGCAUCAGUUGAAAACAAGACGCUGCCGCGCUCCAGCUCCAUGGCUGCAGGGCUCGAGAGGAACGGCAGGACGAGGGUGCAGGCCAUUUUCUCUCACGCUGCUGGAGAUAACAGCACCCUCCUGAGCUUCAAGGAGGGUGACCUCAUCACACUGCUUGUGCCGGAAGCCAGGGACGGCUGGCAUUACGGAGAGAGCGAGAAAACAAAAAUGUGA